AUGUGUGACCAGUGUGCGCUGAAGCAGAUCGCGUCACCCUUUUUUGAUAGUAUUCACUCGAAAAUUGGAAAAGUUGAAAUGCUGCAAGUUUCUGUUCCAUAUGCGUACGUGUUUGUGAUCAUUUGUGUCGUUAACUCACGACCUGAUGCAGAUAGUGCUGCAACAGCUACGGAAACUUUGGAUGAACGUAUACGGGAUUUUACGAAGGUGACUCAUUUGCUCAAAGACGUCUCAAGCAAUUACGACAAACAGGAAAACGAAGCAAGCAAACAACCAGAUGAGGUGGUUUUCCCUAUGCUCUCUCUAGCAAAGCACCUGCAGCAGAUAAUCGAUGGAUCUAGUCCUGAGGUAAAAAGCUUUUUCGAAAAAGCAUUGAAACUGAAAUUGGGCAAAGACCUUUCCGAGAAGGAGACUGAGGCCGAACAAGCCGAGAUGCUCAAGCUUGUCAACGGUCUCAAUGACAUAGAAAAGGAUGAGAUACUUAAGAUGUUGAAAGCAUACGAGGAGGAGGCAAACAAAGUUGGACUGGAGGACUUAAUACUUUCCAUCAAGGAAUAGAGGCUUUGAAAGCAUGAACUGAAACUUGCCAUGGAGUCACUCAUUCUAGAAAAAAUUCAGUUUUUUUUUCAAAAUUGCAAUAACAAAAAAGCUUUCUAUUAUCAAUG